AUGGCGUCGGUUUCAACUGCUGGCGAAGCAGCGGCGAGAAUCGCCUACCUGACGAGCGAUGUCGUCCUCUCCGUCCAGCCGUCGCUGCAGUCCGACUCGCUGUUCUCCAAGUCGCUCAAGGCUUUGAAGGCAAACAAGGCAGGCACUCUUUUGUCACGGGGUACCGCGGAGGUACGAACUACCGUCUCUGUGACGACCAGCUCCUCGAUCUUGAUCCCUUCGGUUCCUCAUCUGUACCGCCUGGCCAACUACCCGGUUGUUAUCCAUGUCGCUCUGGAGCCCUAUCCGUUCCCCGACUACUCUGUGAUCAGUUCGAUCCGCCAAAGCGGCUUCACUUUCUUGCAGUCGGAGACUAUCGAAGAGGCCCAGGACAUUUCCAUCACUGCUCAUGCGCUGGCCCUCAAGUCUGGAAAGGGUGUUAUCCACUUUUUUGAUCCGUCCAACUCCGCCAACGACCCCGCAAUCCCUCCCGAGAACAUCGACGUUGUGAAGAAGGUGCUCAGCUUGGGUGGAGCUACUGCUUCGCACACCAAUGCCACUGGAGCCCAGACUUUGUACGCCGACUCCGGCCGUAUCGCCACGGUUUCCGCAGAAGGGCUGGAGCCCUCUUCUGCUGGUCAGGGAGAAGCCUCGGCUAACCUAACAGUCCCCUCUCAAACCCAGACUCCUUCAAAUGUCAGCCUUGACAACUCAUCUGUUGGAUCUUCACGGCGGGACAGCAGUGCGGGAAGCGAGGCCCCGAGCUCGACUGCCACAACGGUAGACAACGCCAGUGUCCGGCCAGUCAAUGCGGCCGAUAUUUUUGACUGGACGGCUCAGAUUUGGAACGUUCUUUACAAGGAGGUUGGCCGCAAAUAUAAUGCUAUUGAAUAUACCGGUCCCGCCGAUGCCAAGUCAGCUAUAUUUGUCUUUGGCUCCACAGGGGUAUUUGUGGAUGCCCUCUCCAACGCCCCCGCCAACAGCGAGUUGGAAAACAUUGGUCUCGUCACUGCUCGUCUGUAUCGCCCCUGGGUUGGUGGUCAGAUCUCGAAUGUGAUUCCCAAAUCAGUUGAGAAGAUCGCUGUCCUGGAGCAGGUUCGCAGGACCACUAAGUGGGGUCCUUCUUUCAUGGACCUUUUGUCCAGCCUGACCCCCUCUGGUGUCCGCAGCCAGGCCGCUCAGGUCGUUGGAUAUCGUCUUGGCUUCGUGGAACCCUCUACCGCUGUUCAGGCUCUUCGAGGCAUCCUCCAGAACCUGAACUCUCCGACUCCCAUCCAGAACCUGGAGAUUGGCAGCCCCAAAGUCCCCACCAUUCAAAGUGCUCUCCAGCAGCCUCGCAUCGAAAAUGCCUAUUUCAAAAUCCUGAACCAACUCUUUGGCGAGCGCCUCUACAUUGCCAACCAACUCGGAUCCAAGAACGUCGGUGUUCCGUCGACUAUCGCCUCUAGCCCUGAGUAUGGGUUUGGCUCCCUGCUGGCUCGCAUGGAACACCGCGAACGGUUCAUUCGCGAGGUUGAGGAGGCCUCCAAGUCUAGUAGCUUCGCCACUGACACUCCCAAGACUUGGCUGUCUCGAUGGGCCUUGAAUGCAAGGGACGCCUCCAAGGCAAACAAACUUGCCCCGGAUGUCAUCGCCCGCCUCUCCAAUGAUGGUUCCAAGCUAUCUCGCCAGCUUCUGACAUCCAAGCAGCUCUUCUAUGACGAGUCCGAAUGGCUCAUUGGCUCCGACGCCUGGGCCUACGACAUUGGAAACUCUGGUGUCCACCACGUUUUGGCCUCUGGCGCCGAUGUGAAUAUGCUGAUCAUCGACUCGCAACCAUACUCUGAGCGCACUGCCGCCGACCCCACCCGCCGAAAGAAGGACAUUGGUCUUUACGCCAUGAACUUUGGCAACGCGUAUGUUGCUUCGGUUGCGGUCUACAGCUCGUACACUCAAGUCCUGCAGGCUAUGACCGAGGCUGAGCAGUUCAAGGGCCCGUCUGUGGUUGUUGCCUACUUGCCUUACAACCAGGAGAAUGACUCCGCUCUCAGUGUGCUUCAGGAAACCAAGAACGCUGUGGAUGUCGGCUACUGGCCGCUGUACCGCUGGAACCCUGAUAACGAGGAGAAGAGCAAGCCGAAGUUCUCUCUUGAUUCCGAGCGCAUUAAGCGUGAGCUGGAAGAGUUCCUUCGUCGGGACAAUCAGCUCACCCAGCUCAUGAACCGCCACCCUAACUUCUCAUCCGCUCUCUCUGAAUCCUACGGCACUGAGGUUCGAGCCCUGCAGAAGCGCAAGGCCAAGGACUCAUAUGAGAAGCUUUUGGAGGGCCUGUUCGGUGCUCCUCUCACUAUCCUCUUUGCAUCGGACAAUGGCAACGCCCAGAACAUCGCCAAGCGUCUGGGUAACCGUGGUCGUGCCAGGGGUUUGAAGACCAUGGUUCUAGCCAUGGAUGACUACCCCAUGGAUGAUUUGUCUACUGAGGAGAACGUGGUUUUUAUCACCAGUACCGCUGGUCAGGGUGAAUUCCCGCAAAACGGCCGGGGACUGUGGGAGGUUGUCAAGAACUCUGGUGAUCUCGAUCUGUCCGCCAUCAACUACUCCGUGUUCGGUCUGGGUGACAGUCACUACUGGCCGCGCAAGGAGGACAAGAUCUACUACAACAAGCCUGCCAAGGACCUUGAUGCUCGUGUCAGCUUCCUCGGUGGCCACAAACUUGCCGAUAUUGGUCUCGGUGAUGACCAGGACCCAGAUGCUUACCAGACUGGGUACUCGGAGUGGGAGCCUCGGCUGUGGCAAGCCCUGGGUGUUGAUAAGGUUGAGGGUCUGCCGGAAGAGCCCGCACCUUUGACCAACGAGGAUAUCAAGAUUCAGUCCAACUACCUGCGUGGUACCAUCGCCGAGGGUCUGCUGGAUGAGAGCACCGGUGCAAUUUCCGCCAGCGAUGCGCAGCUGACCAAGUUCCACGGCACCUACAUGCAGGACGAUCGUGACCUUCGGGAUGAGCGCAAGGCCCAGGGCUUGGAGCCCGCUUAUAGUUUCAUGAUCCGUUGCCGUCUCGCUGGUGGUGUUGCUACGCCUUCGCAGUGGCUGCAAAUGGACGCCAUCAGCAGCUCGCACGGUAAUGAGACGAUGAAGCUGACGACUCGCCAAACCUUCCAGUUCCAUGGAGUCAUCAAGCGCAACCUUCGUGGCGCGAUGCGUGGCAUCAACAGGGCACUCAUGUCCACCGUUGCUGCUUGCGGUGACGUGAACCGCAACGUCAUGUGCAGUUCUCUUCCGGAGCUUUCCUAUUUCCACCGCGAGACUUGGGCCAUUUCUGAGAAGAUCGACCAGCACCUUCUCCCCUCCACGACUGCUUACCAUGAGAUUUGGCUGAAGGAUGAGGACGACAAGAAGGUCCAGGUUGCUGGAGAUGCUGUUGUCGAUUCCGAACCCCUCUAUGGUCCCACAUAUCUUCCUCGCAAGUUCAAGAUCACUAUUGCCAUUCCUCCACACAACGACACCGAUGUCUACGCGCACGACAUUGGCCUGAUCGCCAUCAAGGGUGCCGAUGGGCACCUGGAAGGCUUCAACGUCCUGGCUGGUGGUGGUAUGGGCUCCACUCACAACAAUAAGAAAACGUACCCUCAAACCGGCCGCAUGUUCGGUUACUUCCCGGCGGAUAAGGUGCACAUUGCAUGUGAGAAGAUCAUGCUCGUGCAGCGUGACCACGGUGAUCGCCAGAACCGCAAGCACGCCCGUCUCAAGUACACCAUUGACGACAUGGGCGUCGAUGUCUUCCGCGGCAAGGUUGAAGAGCUUCUACCGGAGGGACUGCGAUUCGCUGAGCCCCGCCCCUUCAAGUUCGACUCCAAUGUCGACACCAUCGGCUGGCAGAAGGACGAGAAGGGCCUGAACCACUUCACCUUCUUCAUUGAGAAUGGCCGUAUUGAAGACACUGCCGAUUUUACCAUGCGGACGGGUCUCCGCGAGUUGGCGCAGCUCAACAAGGGCGAGUUCCGUCUCACUGGCAACCAACACUUGAUCCUGUCCAACAUUGUCGACGAGGAUCUGCCCACCAUCAAGGCGGUCAUGGCCAAGCACAAGCUCGACAACACCUCUUUCUCGGGCAUGCGUCUGUCCUCGUCUGCCUGUGUUGCCUUCCCGACCUGCGGUCUUGCCAUGGCGGAAUCCGAGCGCUACCUUCCCAUCCUGAUCUCCAAGCUCGAGUCAACUCUCGAGGAGGUUGGCCUGGCCCGCGAGAGCAUCGUCAUGCGUAUGACCGGUUGCCCUAACGGAUGUGCUCGCCCUUGGCUCGCCGAGGCUGCCUUCGUCGGAAAGGCGUACGGUGCCUACAAUAUGUACCUGGGUGGCGGUUACCACGGCCAGCGCCUCAACAAGCUGUACCGCUCCUCCAUCAAGGAAGAUGAGAUCCUCGAGAUCAUGAAGGAUCUUCUCAAGCGCUACUCCCUCGAGCGCAACACCGACGGUGAAACCCCCGAGCGCUUUGGUGACUGGUGUAUCCGCGCUGGCGUGAUCAAGGCAACCACCGAUGGUCAAAACUUCCAUGAAGGGGUUGCCGAAGAAGACGAGGACGAGGAGUAA